GAAAGGUUUGUGCAGUAACAACGUUGAAAAGCUGUUGGUAGAAUUUCAUUACUUCAUUACAUUAAUAUUAAAUGCGUUUCUGGUGUUUACGAAGGAACAAAAAUAUCCUCCGUGGAACUAAUUUAAUGCUUGACAGACAAUACAUAUUCAUCCGCGACUACAUGAGUGUCAAAAACACGGGAGUACCCGGAUGGACUGUCAUGGCCGCCGUCGCUGUGGUUCCUCGGAGAAGAGAGGAGGAAGGCUGAUGUUUUGUUGUGUGUGCUUUUCAUGCCUGACCUUCUUCAACAAUGCUGCACGUUUUUGAGAAACAGCCCGAUCUCCAUUUCGACUUAAUAGAAUUCUCUGAUUUGCAGCUAUGGAAGACUUCACAAUACCUCGGGAUCCAAACAAAAAUUACAACCCAUCAGCUGGAGAAGAUAAAAAAGAUGAGGUGAAAGAUUUUGUCUGCAAGCAUUUCAGAGAAGUAAAUGAUGGGCCAUUCUUCAACAAAACAGAUGGACCUAUCACAAAGGAAAAUGGGAGUGUGAUUAAAAAGGAUGACCUAAAUUUCAAAGGUCAUAUUAGAAUUCAACAGAGGGCUGUUUUCUCUGGAAAAAUUCUUAGUUUUGGAUGUUCAUUGUGUAAAAACAACUUAACAUUUAGCCCCAAUGAUCUCCUUAAACAUUUCCGAGCAGUUCACAAAGGAUCCCUUCCCACAUACCCUUGUGACUUGUGUGAUUUUGUCACAAAUGAGUUUCCAGCUCUUCAACGCCAUCGAAUUGAACACAGGAAUACUCUGGUUACGUGUGAACUCUGCAAUGACCAUGUUCAGUACUCCUUGCUUUUGCUUACCAGACACUACAUGAUGUGUCAUAGUAUAAAUGGAGAGUUUAAAUGUGACUGGUGCGAGUUCACAACAGUUGAUGCUGGAACAUUUGUCCAGCACAUACAUCAUCAUAAUGAGAGUCAUUGGAAGUGUACAAUAUGUAGACAUAUUAGCUUAAACGAAGAAGAUCAUCAGAGUCAUAUCAAAGCUCACUCUGGUACAUUCACUUUCACCUGUCAGAUUUGUGGAUUUGGUACAGCAGAAUGUGAGCACCUUAAAAAACACACAUCAACUGUUCACAAAGAGGAGGCUGCGAGAAAGAAUGCUCUAAAAGCUGUUGAAGACUGUAGUUCAUCAGCUAAUUCCUCUACAAAUAUGAAACUGUAUAAAAAGAUCAGUGUGUCACAGGAAACACAAGGGAUGUCAAAACUGAUCUCUCCCCCUGGAACUGUAUCAAAUGAAAAUGGCAGAGUGACCAAACAAGAGCUACCCUUGGAGGAGAUCCACCACCUUAUUGAUGGGACUGUAGGACAAAGGGACAACAAAAGUUGGAGCUUUCAUAAUGAAGAACACUCAACUCCAGUCAUGUUACAGGAAUGUGAAAAUGCAAAUAAUUCUGAUACUGGAAGUAAUCCCAGUACCAAUGGUCUUACUGUGUUGAUGGUAAAAAACAAAAUUUCUCUGCCCCCAAAUUGUACAACUAAAAUGAUGGGAUUCAAGAUAGUUGAUGGCAAAAAACAUUUGGUUCUCAAAGUAAUACCAACAGCAAAGCAGGAUGUGUCUUCUCAGAAUCAUUCUUUAAUUGAUGGUGUUGGUUCUGUUGUAUCAAAUCCUGUUGUUGCCAAAAGGAUAGACUUCAUUGAAAAAAAGCAAUACUCUGAAUGCAAGGGCUCAACAUCAAAAUGUUUAGCUAUUUCACCAAAAAAUGGAUCUUGCAUUCAAAUGGAUCGUAAUGAUAUCAUGGCAGUAAAAGUGAAGAUCGAGGAGGAGGAAACCUCUGUUUGUACUGUUAAUUCAAUUCCACACAGUGAACAAACAAAUCUCCUACAAAACCGAUCUUACCCAGUGGCAAAUAACAGUACCUACAGUCACUUCAGGUCAGUGUCCACUGAGGAAGGAGAUGUACCAAACGCUAAUAAUUCAGAUGCUGGGAGUUUUAAAUGUGAUGGAACUAACUAUGGAUCGAAGGUGACUUAUGCUAAAACAGCAUGUGAGGAUACAAUUACUUGUCAGCCACCUUUAAUUGCUGCUCACAAAACAUUGUUUCCCAAAACUGUUUUCAGAGAAACUGUAGAGUGCAAGGGCGCAACAGAUGAAUUGUCACUGUCUGAUGGUUUUGGCAGAUUAUGGAAAAAAUGCAAAGGAAAGUCUGUUACCAACACUUUGUAUAUUGACUCAUCUUGUCAGAUUUCUCUGGAAAACAAUGAUGGCACAAGUAUUGAGAAUAGAAGUAAAAAUGGUCUGCAAGUUGUAAAACAUUCGAAAUCUCCAUCACAGUUAUCACAAAAUGUUUCUCUUAGCAGCAGAGUAGAUGCCUUGGGCGCAGGAAAGUGUGAACCAAAAACAUCAAACCAGGAGGUGUUUACUUUUCACAACUAUUCAAAGGAAAUUUUUAGGUCCUCACCUUGUAACUCCCAAAACCCGCCCUGUAAUCGCGAGUAUUCAGGUCACAAAGAAAAGUCUGAUUCUCCAGAAAACACUACACCAAUUACAGAUGAGGAAAUUGAGGUUGAUGAAUGCAUAGGUAACAGUGAUCUUCUGACUGAGGAAAAUGGAGAUUCAGUUAUUCAAGACUUAAAUAUCAUCAAGAUUGAGGAAGAUGGCAUCCCCAUAUCUUCAAAACAGACAGAAGCAAAAACAAGUUUACUUUCCAUGGAAAGUUUUGUCAAAGAACAUUCAAAUGCCAUCAUAACUCAACAGCUUAAUAAAGAAAGGACAGGAUUUUCAAAUCCAAGCAAUGCCUUUUUAAAACAAGGUGAAAAAUCUCUAAAUAUUCUUCAGUUACCAUGUGCAGGGAGGCCAUCUCUAAUCCUGAAGGCAGCAGAGAAGGCAUGUCCCAUGCCAGUGCAAGUCAAGGCCACUCCAAAUUUUAAACUUAUAACCAGCACUCCAAAUUCACAAAUCAGGUUAUCUAAAAUGAAACAAGAGUUAAGUAACUCAAGUAACAUCACCAGUGUAACUGUUACUCCAAAGGCCAAGAUUGUAGGUGUAGCAGCAAGAAAUCCACAGGCCACAGAAAAUGGGACAACUGUUCUUUCUGCUGUUCACUCAGGUGGUGGCACCUCCUCAAAUCACUACAUUAUCAACAGUCCAGGGUUCAAGGGACCAGUACUCCUUUCAAGAACACUGCAUGGUACACCAACAAAUACAGUGGUAAAGGCAAAACCAACAUGCUACUUUGUGCAGAGGUCUGUCCCAUUUGUCCAGAACCCUAGUACAAGUAGUUUCAAAUUGCCAGGUCCUCAACUCCCAGUCAUCUCGCAGCCAGUUCUGGCAGGGACCUUUGCAGAAAAAGCCAGCACCCCACAAACUAGCCGUCAAGCGUACUUGCUUCGAUAUAUAUCUCCCUCUAAGUCAGGCCUUUUGGAAAAUAAGCAAGAGGCAAAGAACCAAACCAUUUGGAGUCAGACCAGUGAAUAUUCUGGGAAUAAAGUCAUAUUUAAAUUCAUUUCUCCCACAGCUCACCUCAAUUCUGCUGUAGCUCCCACAUCAAGCAACCAACCUCUGAUUUUGGCCACUAGACCUCAAGGGCAGUGCUUCUUAGUGUCAACAAAUAAAACCAACCCAACUUCCUGCGAAGUGAAGAAAUUACUCUGUGUACAAAAUGAUCAACAAAAACAUCAAAAGGAACCUAGUGUGUCACAGUUGCAAAUAAAUGGAGACCUACAGGCAUGUGAAACAAAUAGUCUUUUACUUGCUCCAAGGCGUAUACGUCAAAGGAAAAGACACAGGAAAGCUUUAUUUGAUGAUCUUCCAGCAGCCCUGCAUAAGGUUAGAAGGCUCUCGAAUAAGGAGCUGACUGACAAAGAGACUGUUUUAUGGACACCAGUUGGCAAAGAAGUGGAGAGGACACUCAGACUUGCUCCAUUCAGCACUGCACAACAGAUCAAAUAUCCCUGUAGAUACCAGCCCGUCGUUGUGCUUAAUCAUCCUGAUGCUGACAUUCCUGAGGUAACGAACAUAAUGAAGGCAGUCAACAGGUACAAAGGUGCUAUCACAAAGGUUGCUUUAAGUCAAAAGACAGUUCAAGCACUCUCUGAAUUUAGUGAUCUUGUGAACAAUUGCUCUCCUUCAAAUGGAGAUUUUUCAACACCCAGGCCUGUUCUGAGUUCUGUCAGAGAACGAUUCCUCCUGAAAUUAAAACUAAGAAAGAAAAACCGAAAAAAAUAUGAAGUAGUUAAAACUUUAUCUGUUUGUGGUCAGAACUCAGUGGUGUUUGACUGCUGGUUUUGUGGUCGGCUUUUCAACAACCAAGAAGAUUGGAUUGGCCAUGGCCAGAGGCAUCUCAUGGAGGCAACAAGAGACUGGCAUAAACUCUCCUGAAAGUUUGACAUCACUCUGAAAUGGCAAAAUGUUUUUUCUACCCUUAAAGAUGAAACAUUUGUUUGUUUCCCUUUUGACCCUAUACUCUAUUUUUAUCCCUGUAAAUAAAUAAUAAUUGAGUUAAAGUUUAUUUUUGUGCAUAUUGUGACAAAUGUAAGCAUGAUUUGUGUCAUGCAUGUUUCACUAUGAAAACACCAUACUGUAUGUAAUGAGAGGCUGCAAUGGGAACAUUGACUGAAAGGGAACAAUUUGACUAAUUGUGUUAAAAGUUAGACCUAAUGACUCAGGUAAUCUUUUAUUCUUGCUUUUUUUUUGUUAUUAGCCCACAUUUGGGUAAGAUGUACAGUUAUCUGUAAAAAUUAUAAUUUUUUUUUUUACAAAAGUUGAAGUGGCUUUACAUAAGUAACAAAUUAAUGUACAGAUCCAAAAAUGUCUUUGAUUCAGACGAUGGAAUUUAAUGAAGUCGAGUUCAACAUUAUACUUCUGUAAGAAUAAGCUUUUAAUGCUUGUCAUUAUUUUGAAAGCUAAUGGACCUUGAGACCAGUAGCUUUGCUGCUUGUGCAAAAACAGAAAAUUUGAGAGUCCAUUUUAAACAAGGUUAUUUUUUAUUUUAUUUUUUACAAAUACUCACCUCAUAGAACCUGUUAUUUUUAGUUAGGCAGCUCUGGUGAUUGGCUUUUAUAUCAUAUUGUAAAGAUGUCUUCCAUUUGUACUGCCAAAUAAUGAAAAUGUAAAAUUCAGUGAAUGAGUAAAAAAAAAAAAAAAGCACAACAUAACCAUUUACUUAUCCAGUCGCUAUUUUACGCAGAAAGAGCUGCUCUGUUCAAGGUUGUAUUGCAGAGGUGACUGGAACUAAAUAAAUUAGCUUUUCAGCUAAAAGGCGUUUGAAUAAAGGCUCAGUCUGUAGUGUUCCAGUGAGCCAAGUAGGUUUAACAGAUAUGGUGAGAAUUACAGCUACUGCUUGCUUCCCAAAACCUAAAAUAAAUGCCAGUAAUCAACUGUUGAAGUACUCACUGUGGUUCUGUGAGGUAGAAUUUAGAUUGGGGGGGGGGGGGAAGGAAUUCUUAGAGGGUUGGCUGGCUCACCCCAUUUUAAAAGAAUUUUUUAAAAAGCUCAUGCUAUGUUUGAAUUAUUGCAAGUUGCUUCUUAUAGGAAAAGUGCGUAUGAAAUGUGUAAAGGACCCCUUUUUGUUAACAUUUUCAAAAUUAUGAACAAAUCUAAUGCCCUUCAAUAAUAUCUGGAAAUAUAUUUCUGUCUGUUCCUACUUUAAUAAUGGAUACAGCAAACAAACUGACUUUGUGUCUGUGAUAAGACUCUUUAUUUGGCUUUUUAUUGCCUAAAUAUACUGUAUAUCUGCACUCUGUCAUUGCAUCCCUUAUGCUUUAAAUAUAUUUUUAGUUGCAUAUCAAAUCCUUUAUUAAACUGCCUCCACUACUUCAGAGCUUCUGGAUUCUUUAAGUUGAAGGGUUUGUUGUACAUGAUUGGUGGUUUAUAUAGAUGAAUGUUCCCUUUCAGUAUGCAAACAAUUGUGAGCAACAAGCCACGCUACUGUUAUGUAUGUAGACGAUUGUCCUACAAAAACAAUUUCAGGUGCUGAAUCUGGUACUUUGGCCAAGUUUUUUUUUUUUUUACAACUUCAUUAAUUCUUUGAUUAAGAUACUGUUAAGUUGCCAUAUAGAUAGCAUUAGAGAUAGUUAUAUUGAUUUUGGUGUAUUAAAAUUGUCAUGUUAAAGUUCUUGUGACGUUUUUAACUGAAGGGCUGCCAUAGAAAAUAUCACAUUUGAGAAUAAAACACCUUUCAAAUCAA